UUAUCUGGAAGCAACCAUACCAACGUAGUCGUUCCAUAAUACGAUGAAAUCUAAAAAUACAUGCGUUGAAAACAAAAAUAUGUCUGACAAAGACACGUGGGGCUAUGCUGUUUGUUUUGGUACUAUCAUUACGUUCAUCGCUGGACUAGGCCACAUUAACUCAUUCGGUCUUAUCUUCAAAGAUUUUAUUGAAGAAACAAAUUCUUCAGCUAAAUCUUUAACAACUGCUCAUGGAGUGUUUGCUAUAAUGCUUGCAAUUGGAGGUUUACUUUUAAAUUUACUCUAUAAGAAAUUUCCAAUGAGAUACGGAGGAUUUAUUGGUGCCAUGUUAUUCAUACUCGGUGCUUCUUCGACAAUAUUCAUUAAAGAUUCAAGGCAGCUAUCAUUAACCUUUGGUGUACUUCAAGGGAUUGGAUUUGGCAUGAUGGUAUCAGUGUGUUAUUCAACUUUGAACUACUAUUUUGUUACAAAAAGGACAACUGUAAUGAGUUCGAUAAAGGCUUUGCAGGGAGUUAUUAUAAUGUGGUAUCCCCAGCUGUUAAAGAUAAUAACAUAUGAUUAUGGAUUUCGAGGGACUUUACUGAUAAUAACAGGAGUAUCAUUACACAUGAUUCCUGGAAUGCUAACUAUGGUAACCGAAAAAGAGAGCUCAAAGAACAAAAACCUAGCAAAGGACAGAGAUUUAGAAAUAUCUAACAAAGCUGAAACCGAAGAUUUAUUGGUAAAAAGAGAUAAAGACGCAUUGGAGACGAUUAAUAAAUUCAACCAAGUAAUCUGUGAGAUAUUAAAUGUCUUAAACGUCAAAGUUUUAAAGGACCUCGUUUACUGUAACAUUUGUUUGGGACAAAGUUUCGUUAACUUUUCCGAUCUGACUUUCUUUAUAUUUCAACCGAUGCUCUUGUUUCAAUAUGGUUUUGAUAAGACCGAUGUAGCAACAUGCAUUUCAAUAGGAGCAGGUGCUGACGUCUUGGCAAGAUUUGCAUUAGCCCUUUUUAGUGGUCUAUACCCAGUCAACACAAGAAACUUGUACUACGUGGCGACAGUGUUCACUUUCGUUGUUAGAAUUGUUGUAUUGCAAGUUACACAAUUCAUAUGGGUCGCAAUUAUUACUGGCAUUCUUGGAGUAUUAAGAGCAUUUCUGCACGUUUCCAGCCCUCUUGUAAUUUCGAACCAUGUCUCAAGACAGGAGUUUCCUGGAGCCUACGCAUUGUUUAUGCUCACAGGUGGUGCUAUUAACCUACUUUUAUCACCAUUUAUAGGUGCGCUGAAGGACUACUAUAAUAGCUACAUCCCAUCGUUUAUCGCCUUAUGUAUAUGUUGUAUACCAUGUAUAUUACUUUGGCCCUUAGAAUACAUAUUUUUAAAGAAAAUAGUCAGUGAAGUUUGAAUUCAAUUCAUACUUUCGUAAGUACAAGUCAAUAUUAUCAUUAAAUAAUAAUAAGAAUUUCUUGUUAAGUAAAUACGGCCGAUAAUAAUCCAUUAAGCAAAACUUUCUAUCUUCUUGGCUAUUUUUAAGUUUAAGACUAUCAUUCGUACUCAGAAUCAUUAUUAAAAUUAUGUUGAAGACUGAUAUACGUAAUACAGUGAAAUUUAAAAGACAUUUCUAAUAAAAGUACCUAUAUGAUGGUCCGCAAAUCUCUGUUUAAAGGUUUCGAAUGUGCAUUGACUUAUAUUUUAUGCGUUAUAGCUAUUUAUUUAUUAAAGACAUAAAUGAAAAUAUUUUGAUUCAUUAUAAGUACAUAUACAUUACGAUAUGUAAGAUGUGGCAACCCUUUUUGGUAAAAAAUACAUCAGGGUUCCCAGUUCUUAGUAAUAAAUUUCAUAAGACAUUUAGUUUUAAAUUAAAAUUUUGAUUUUUUUAAAACUGAUAACAACAAUUUCUUAUUACAACCAUCAUUACACGCGUGAGUGAUUGUGUUGGUGCAUACACCACACGUUAUUUUUUCUGUCUCUCUUGCAAUGUAAUCACCAUGUCUGAGUUACGGUUUUUAAUUAUAAGAUAACCUCUGAAAAAAGAAUAAACGAGUGCAAGCUAGUGCUAAUAUGGACGAGCGUAACGGACUUGGUUGAGUUUCCUGAGCCAGUAGUCGGCCGAGAUUUGUGAAAUAAUUAUUAAGUUUAUAUACAGACUCUGUGGGCGUAGACAUAAGAUUUAAUAGUUUCUCAUUAUGUUUUGUUUGAUUCUACAUGACUUAUGCAACCUUUUAUUAGCUAAGUUAGAUAUAUAUAUAUAUAAAAGUUAGUUUUUUGUUAAUCCAGCGUCUCAACCCCACUACCCUUAUUUUAUGUUAGUUUAUAAAAUCAUGUUUUAAACGAUUAAAGCCAGUUGACACCCAGA